GGCAUUUGCUAUGCAACAUUAUAAAUUGAAUCAUUUCUGGACAACUUUUUAAACAGAGCUAGCUUAGGUAGACAAAUAUCUGUCUGAACAACCCACUCAGCCUCAUCGUGAUCAUAUGGAGCAUCUGUUGGGACUUCUUAGAAUUCGUGUCCAGAGAGGAAGAAACCUUGCUGUUAGAGAUGUCAGAAGCAGUGAUCCUUAUGUUGUUGUCAACAUGGGCAAGCAGAAAUUGAAGACUCGUGUAGUGAAGAAGAGCGUCAAUCCCGAGUGGAACGAAGAUUUAACUCUUUCAAUUUCCGAUUCAAGUCAUCCAAUCCAUAUUGCUGUGUAUGACAAAGACACAUUUACUCAGGAUGACAAGAUGGGGGAUGCUGAAAUUGAAAUCGGUCCAUUUCUAGAAGCCAUACGGAUGCGCUUGGAUGGGGUUGCAAAUGGAAUGGUAGCUUCAAGAGUAGAACCAAGCAAAGAAAACUGCCUAGCUGAACAGAGCUGCAUCAUCUAUAGUGAUGGCAAUAUUAUCCAGAACAUGACUGUCAGACUCAGAAAUGUGGAGAGUGGAGAAGUAGAACUCCAGUUACAAUGGAUAAAUAUUCCAGGCUCUCGUGGUUUGUAGAGUGUGUUUAUCGAUGAUAUUGCAAGACUUAUUUAGUUGUUCCUAUGCUUAAGCUGUUUAAGCAUUUCAUUCCAGCACUGAGAUAUGGUGAUUGCAAGAUUAUGCUUGAACUAGAUUUGUUUCGUUUGAGUGGUCAGGAAUGUAAAUUGAUUUCUGUUUGUAGUGCAAUAAAUACAUUAUUAGUUUUGUA